AUGUCGAGUGGCAGGUUGUAAAGUGCAUCAAGCGGUUGUGAAGGAAAGUGUGAAUUAGUUGUGUCCUCUGUUUAGUUAUGUUAAUAAGAAUGAGCGUACGGAAAGUUUCAGGUAUUGCAUUUGCGGUAGGCCUAUUAGUGCUGAUUUUGGCAGUUGACGUGCAGGCUAAACUCGAUGGGAAGAAAGUCAGAGCGUUCACCGCAAAUAUUGCUAAGGCAUGUCAACCAAAAACGACACCCUUCGGCGAGAUACACGAGAUAAUUGGAAAGGGCAAGCCAACAGCAGAAGAAAAAUGCUUCAUAACCUGCGCUAUAACGAAAGGAGGAUUGUUGUCUAACAAUGGAGAAUUUCAACCUGAUGGAAUCAAAAAAAUAAACGAAGCUAUGCGGGAAUUCGAUGAUAAUCCCGCAGAAUACAAAAACAUUGAUGAAGUCAUCAUAGCCAACUGCGGCGGAAUAGAGAAACCAGAGAAAUGUGAUAAGGGAUAUGCUAUAGCUGAAUGCAGUUUGAAGGCCUUUAUUGAUGUUCACGGAAAUAUAUUCUAAAAAGGACAUCUAAAGAAGACCCUGCGUACCGACGCUUACUCACACGAUCAAGUCACUUUGUAUCUAUUUCAAUUUGUAAAUACAUAAUUUUCUUUUAUAUUUGAUGAAAUAAAAUUUUGGGCAUUAUGAAAUGUUA